UGUUCGCACUGAGCACAACAGUGGUAAAGAGUGCGGUUAUUAAAAUUUUAGAACAAAUAAAAACAAUAAACUUGUUUUGCAACUCAUAAAAAACAUCUAAGCAGUAGAGUGCAAUUAAAAUUGCGAAAAUUUAGUUUGAAAAUUUCUCGAAAACAAGCCAAAAGUGUUCAUUUCGAAGAAACGAAACCUGCUAUAGACAUAAAUACCAUAUACUGCCGUGUAUCUACGUCUAUAAAAACUAUAUCUUAUAAUUGUCCGAUAUCAGCGGUUCCAACAAAUAAACAGCAUCUUUGGGAAACUGAGUGACUCAUACUCUACCAUUAUAUACGACUAUAAUCCGUAGCCAUUCCCAAGACAGUCGCGUUAUAGUAACCGGAAUGGCCUCCGAUUUUUUUCCGACCAAGGACUGUCAACAGCAUUCCUCGAAAUUACUUUAACAGUAUUUACUGACGUUASAACAACAAUAAAAACAGCAAUAAUAACGGGUAAUCCGAGUAGAGUAACUUAAGAUGAAAUUAGUGAUCUUGGAUACUGCCGACUCAGUUGGAGUUUGGGCUGCCAAAUAUGUGAUGAAACGUAUUAAUGACUUUAAGCCCGGCCCAAACAAAUACUUCGUUUUGGGUCUACCCACCGGAAGCACACCACUUGGUAUGUAUAAAAAACUGAUUGAAUUCCACAAAGCCGGCAAAGUCUCCUUCGAGUUUGUGAAAACGUUCAAUAUGGACGAAUACGUAGGCAUACCACGUGAUCACCCCGAAAGUUAUCACUACUUCAUGUGGAACAAUUUCUUCAAACACAUCAAUAUCGAUCCUAAGAAUGCGCACAUUUUAGACGGCAAUGCUAAGGACUUACUUGCCGAAUGCCAACAAUUCGAGACAAUGAUUCGCGAGGCGGGUGGAGUGGAGCUCUUCAUCGGUGGUAUCGGACCGGAUGGACAUAUAGCCUUUAAUGAACCUGGCAGUUCGUUGGUAUCACGUACACGUGUGAAAACAUUGGCACAGGACACAUUAGAGGCAAAUGCGCGUUUCUUCGAUAACGACAUGAGUAAGGUGCCCAAACAGGCGCUAACGGUGGGUGUCGGUACCGUCAUGGAUUCGAAGGAAGUGAUGAUAUUGAUUACGGGUGCGCACAAAGCAUUCGCCUUGUACAAGGCGAUCGAGGAGGGUGUAAAUCAUAUGUGGACAGUGAGUGCCUUCCAGCAACAUCCCAAUACGUUGAUGCUUUGCGACGAGGAUGCCACGCUGGAGUUGAGGGUUAAGACGGUGAAGUACUUUAAGGGUAUUCUCCGAGAUGUACAUGAAAAAAUGAUUGGAGAGGAAGCUGAAUUAAACGUGCAAUGA